UAUUAUUCUUAUAAUUUUCUAAGACUAUAAGAUGAGUAGAAGUCCGUCUCAAUAUGCUAAGCACAUGAAACAUCUGAGUGCCAGAAUAUUUGGAGAACCUACUCAACAGCAACAAUUUCAAGCGCAUAGAGUCAUCAAGCUUAUGUCCAAGCAGCCAUUCUAUAAAAAAACUGAGUUUGUCAAUUAUUAUCCGAAGAUUUUUGAGACUGGAAGACUAUUCAUCAAACUCAGGGAUUUGGGACUAUAUGUAGAUGAACAUUUGGACUUCAAUGAAGAAUACCAACGCUUGAGAGAAGCCAGAGGAAAAGUAUUUGUGAGAAAAGACUGGUCAAAGAAAAAUUAAUUUUAUAUAACAACACUACAUUUCAUAUUUGUCUCACCUGCCUCA